AUGAAACUCUGCCAGGAUAUACCAUCAUUAUCUCGUCGUACUAUAACAAGAAGAACGGAAGAUAUAAGCAAAUUUAUUAAAAUGUCAGCAAAAGAAAGAUUAAUUAAUUGCAAAUAUUUUUCGAUUUCUCUAGAUGAGAGUACGGAUAUCAAUAAUAUUUGCCAGUUAAUUAUUUGUAUUAAAACAGUUAAUGCAAAUUUAGAGUGCUUCGAAGAAAUGUUUGAAGUGGUUUCACUUCAUGGUCAUGUAACAGGACAAGUUCUGUAUGAUGCAUUAGAUGUUAAUGUUUUUGCAUUUGCUGACAAAAAUAAAUUAACCUCAAUAUGUUCGGAUGGAGCAAAGAAUAACACUUUAACGGAAUAA